UGACUAAGCGUCAGGUGGAGCCGGUUGAUUUCACUUGAUGGAACGACUUGGAGCUAGAUCGGGAAGUGGAGCUUAGUCAAGCUUCAAGCUUACACCUAAGUCUGUUGAUGGAAUACCCCCCAGAUUAACAGCUGACGAACACAAACACAUCGUCACUGGCGGGUUGGUCUUUCGGUGUGUGCGAGCAGUGAGACACACCCGAGUGACGUCACUGGCGGUGGGCGGUGUCGUGUUGCUCUUCCUGUGUGUGUGAGCAGGUGAAGAGACGCAGCAGCGGCUUCACGCUCUCACUCUUCUUCACUCACUCACACUGAGUGCAGGUGAAAAUGACGCCAUCUUCCUCUUCCUCCUCUAACUACCUGCCGCUGCCGCGUCGCUUCCUCUUCCUCGUCCUCGUCCUGUUGCCGCUGCUGCGGCGGGACGGAGCGGCAGAGGACGCGGUGUGCGGCGACACUUUCCGCUCCACUCAAAACGACUUCGUACUGGACGCGGAGGACGCGGCUAUGGAGGGAGCGGCUCUGCUGGCCACUGCGCAUGUGCAGUCCCCGGACGAUUGUCAGCGCGCCUGCUGCGGGAAUCCGAGCUGCGACCUCGCGCUCCUGCAGCCGCGUGCCGCCGCAGCGGUAGCGGCAGCGUCAGCGGCGGAGAACCGCACCUGCGCCCUCUUCAGCUGCGUCCACAGAAACCGUUUCGUGUGCAGGUUCGUAAAUCAGGCCGGAUACCACAGCUACAUCAGAGAGUCCGUGUUCCGGAAACACCUGGCGGGACCGACGGGGACAGGGGAACCCAUCGCCAACGCAGGACGUGAUGUCAUCGUCCAGCCCGGCAAGACGGUCACGCUGAACGGCAUCGAGAGCCUGGCUCUGGGCGACGCCCACAUCAGCGACUACCACUGGAGUGUGCUGAGCGGUCAGAGCGGCAUCAACAUGGAGAAGACAGAUUUACCUGACCAGGUGAGCGUCUCUGACCUGCGACCAGGACACUACGUCUUCCAGCUGACCGUCACUGACUCCAACAACCAAUCAGACGAUGCCAAAGUCUCUGUCCUCGUCCUCGGGCCAGAGUUAUCCAGCUGUGAGUACACACACACACACACACACACGUUGGUCAUUCAUGACUUGAGGGGACAUUGCAUUGACUGAGGCUACGUUUACAUGAUGACGGUCUGAACAGAAGACACAAAAGUGGUGUCGUCACUUUUUAUCCCGUGUUUAGAUUUAGGAAAUCUGCGUGCUGACGCAAAACGUACGCGACGUGAGCAGA